ACCUAACCAUCAUAAAACCCUGAAUAAACCCUUCCAACAAAUCCCCCAAAUUGAAAAAUUAGGUCAAAAACAAAACAAAAUCCACAAUGAAUCACAUCGAUGCAGCAGAAGAACGAAUCGUAACAGAGAGAUUGAGGCAAAAGCUCAACGAAGUUAAUUCCGCUGCUCAAUCUCAGCUCGCAGUUGUUCAGGAUCACGUUAAUUUCACUCUCCAGAAAGCGUACUUUAGAUGUGCGUAUGAGUGCUUUGAUAGGAGGAGGAAGCAGGAUGAUAUAAGUAUGUGUGUUGAGAAUUGUAGUAUUCCUGUUCUUCAAGCUCAGAAUCUAGUUGAAGGCGAGAUGGCUAAGUUUCAGGAACGACUGAAUCGGUCACUUAUGGUUUGUCAAGACAAAUUCGAGUCUGCCAAACUCCAAAAUGUUAGGACUGAUGCAACAAGGGAUAUGGAAUCAUGUGUUAACCAGUCGGUCGAAGAAAAUAUCAAGGCGUUACCACAUUUGGUUGCAAAGUUGAAGGCUUCUCUCGCCAUUGAUUCUACAAACGAGUAAAGUCUACAUCCUUCUGUAAUAGUUUACGAAUCACAUUGUUAUCAAGAAUCAAGAUUCGAGACCCAUGGAGAGCUAUUGACAUUCUUUUUUGAACCAAUAAUAUGUUGAGGACCGUAUAACUUACUUAUGUGUUUUGACUUGAUCGGAAUUGUUUGCUGUGAUAUUGUUGUGCAGCAGGCAGACGGGUAUUAAAAUUUUAAGUGAUCGGAGAAUUCAGCAAAUUUUAAACGUGA